CUCUCUCUCUCUCAUCUCCACAUCCUCCUCUUCUUUUUUUCUCUCUCUAAAGUUCUUCCAUUUGAUGUAAUUCUCCACUUCAUAAGCCCCCAUAAAAAUUCCAACUUUAGCUCCUUUAUUGCUCAAACAAAGAAAAGAAAGGAGAGAUCAUCAAGAAGAAGGAAGCCAUGGUUUUUUCUUCCUUCCCAAACUAUCCUGAUCCCUCCAACUGGCAACAACAACAACCAAUCACAACCACCGUUGGCAUCACCGGAAACGACAACCAGCAAUUUAUUCCUCAUCAGCCUCUUCAACCGCAGCAGCAACCUCAGCAUCUUCCGCCGCUUCCCCAUGGCGGCGGAGGCUCGAGCUCCUCGGUCCGGCCUGGUUCCAUGGCGGAAAGGGCCAGACUGGCUAACGUCCCCAUGCCUGAAGCAGCCUUGAAAUGCCCACGAUGCGAAUCCACCAAUACAAAGUUUUGCUACUUCAACAACUACAGCCUCUCUCAGCCCCGCCACUUCUGCAAGACCUGCCGCCGUUACUGGACACGUGGCGGCGCCCUGAGGAACGUUCCCGUUGGCGGAGGCUGCCGGAGAAACAAGCGUUCCAAAAGCGGCGGCGGAGGAAGCAGCAGCAGCAGCAACACGACAAGUUCAAAGUCCCACGACGGCAACACGAGCAAUACAGCCACAGCAGUAAAUCCCAUGGGACAAACUUCGACCCUUUCUUCGAUACUCUCUUCCUACAACACGGGAUUAAUCACUGGGAAUGAUCACGUUCUAGGGCUUGGAUCUUCUCUACCACCUCUCAAACUCAUGGCUCCAUUGGAUCCACACCAUGACUUCACCAACACCGACAACCUCACCUUUCAAUACGGCGCCGUUUCAGGUUCUUCCGCUCAUCAUCAUCACCACCACCCCGACUUCACCGCUUUUCAGAUAGGAAGCGGAAGCGGCGGCGGCGGAGCUUCUGGGAUUUUUUCGGGACUCGAACAGUGGCGGUUUCCGGCGACGCAGCUUCCGUUGCUCGGCGGGCUAGACAUUUCUUCGCCGCCUGUGUCUUCCGGGUUGUACCCGUUUGAUCACCAGACGGGUAUGGAUCCGGGUUAUGGAGUAACCGGGUCGGGUCAGUUUCGUCCCAAGAACAUGUUCCACAACAUCUCAUUAUCUUCCGCUGCGGCUACAGCCGCCAUGGUUACAGCAGCAGCUUCUCAGUUAGCUUCUGUCAAAGUGGAAGACAAUAAUAACAGAAAUAACAAUCAAGAUUUGUCCAGACAGCUUCUCGGGAACACCGAACAGCUUUGGAAUGUCUCCGCUGCUACAACCAGUUCGUGGAGCGACGUCUCUAAUUUCAGCUCAUCUUCCACAAGCAACCCUCUCUAAGUAAAAACCCUAUUAAUUACCUCAUGAUGAUCAUUAUAUAUAUUGCUAUCUUUAAAACAUGUGUGGGGAUAUGAUUAUACCGCAUGGAUUGAGCAGUUUAUGGGUUCUUGACGAAAGCCCUAAGUGUUUGGGUUUUUGGGGGGGGGGGGGAUACAACAUCUUUUUGUAGGUUUUUUGUUUUUCUUUCUCUUUCUACAUUCUAUUAAAUUAUGGGUUUGGCUUCGUUUUCCUCUUGGGUUGGUGUUUUAGGUUGAGAAUUAGGGUUUUAAUUUUAUCUUCUUAAGUAUGAAAGUAUGAACAUGCGUUUUCUA